GAAAAAUGGGCUUAAUUUGAAGGCCCCUCAUCUUCAAGCCUUCAAAGCUCAGGAGUGUGAUGGAAACUGAAACUUGAUAACUGGCGGAGAAGAUGCUACCCGCCAUUUCUCUCUCAACGACCAUAACUGUCAAAACUAACAUAACGGUAACCUUAAACCCCCCGUCUCGCAAACUUUCAACGCCCCUCAACUUCAAUUCCACUCUCAGAUUUCUCUCCAAGUCUGGCAAUUUAGAUGAGGCGCUUAGCCUAAUCGAGUCCUCGCCGUCGAAGUCCACGGCUUACGAACCAGACGAUGUCGACGCACUUUCCUCCCUUCUUCAUGCCUGCAUCUCCAGAAGGUCCUUCUCACAUGGGCAAAAGCUCUACUUUCACUUCCUUCAAUCACCGGACAGAUUCAAGCAAGACUUUUUGCGUAACCCCAUUUUGAAAAGCAAGCUCAUCACUCUCUUCUCUGUUUGUGGUCGGAUUGAUGAGGCUCGCCAGAUUUUCAACUACGGUUUUGAAGAUGAAAAGAUGCCAGAGUCAGUGUGGGUGGCUAUGGCGAUUGGGUAUUCCAGAAAUGGGUUUUCCAACGAAGCUUUGAUGUUAUAUUUUGAAAUGUUAUCAACUCAGUAUGCCCGACCUAACAAUUUCGCGCUUUCCAUGGCUCUAAAGGCCUGUGCGGAUACGUCUGAUUCGUUGUUGGGUAGAGCAGUUCAUGCUCAAGUCAUUAAGAGCGAUGAAGAAGUAGAUCAAGUGGUGAAUAAUGCACUCCUGAGGUUUUAUGUUGAGUGUGGGUUCUUGGGUGAUGCCCUAAAGGUGUUUGAGGGAAUGCCUCAACGAAAUGUGGUUUCUUGGAACACUUUGGUCGCUGGUGUUGCAGCUCAAGACAAAGUGUCUGAGACAUUUGAUGCUUUUAGAGUAAUGCAAGGAGAGGGUAUCAGGUUCAGUUGGGUUACUCUAACGACAAUCUUGUCAAUGUGUGCUCGAGUUACUGCACUUCAUAGUGGCAAGGAGAUGCAUGCCCAGAUUUUGAAGUCUAGGAAGAAAGGUGAUCUGCCCUUACUCAACUCACUAGUGGACAUGUAUGCCAAAUGUGGAGCCCUUGAUUACUGUAAGAAAGUGUUUAACAGAAUGCAGAGUAGGGAUUUGACUACAUGGAAUACAAUGCUGACAGGUUAUGCAAUAAAUGGAUAUAUUGAAGAAGCCAUGGCCUUAUUUGAUGAAAUGAUAAGCUAUGGCAUGUGGCCAGAUGGUAUUACCUUCAUUGCCUUGCUUUCAGGUUGUAGCUAUUCAGGACUUGCUGAUAAAGGGCAAGAAUUGUUCAAUAAGAUGGAGGAUUAUGGGGUGAAACCAUCGUCAGAGCACUAUGCUUGUCUUGUAGACGUAUUAGGCAGGGCAGGGAGAAUUGAAGAAGCAUUAGCUUUGCUGCAAAACAUGCCAAUGAAUCCAAGUGGAAGCAUAUGGGGAUCCUUACUUAACUCAUGCCGUCUUCACAGUAAUGUUCCUCUUGCAGAGGUUGUUGCCGGGAAACUGUUCGAAAUUGAACCUCACAAUCCUGGCAAUUAUGUGAUGCUCUCAAACAUCUAUGCAAAAGCAGAAAUGUGGCAUGGUGUGAAGAGAGUUAGGGAGAUGAUGGCCGUGAGAGGAAUCAAGAAAGAGGCUGGAUGUAGCUGGACACAUAUAAAGCAUAGAAUUCAUACCUUCAUCGCCGGGGGGAGCUCGGAAUUUCGUUCGUCGGCUGAGUAUUCAGAAACCUGGAGUGAGUUGUCUGAGGCUAUCAAAGAAGCAGGGUAUAUCCCUGACACUGAUGAUGUUCUUCAUGAUGUGAAUGAAGAGAUGAAGGUGACAUGGGCUUGUGGGCAUAGCGAACGCAUAGCAGCGAUAUUCGCACUUAUUCAUACUGCUGAUGGAAUGCCAAUCAGGAUUACAAAGAAUCUUAGGGUUUGUGGGGAUUGUCAUUCAUGGAUGAAAGCUGUUUCAAGAGUUACUGCGAGGAUGAUUGUAUUGAGAGAUACUAACAGGUUCCAUCAUUUCGCAAACGGUUCUUGUUCUUGCAAGGACUUUUGGUGAAUCAAAGUCCCUACAAUCAUGAUGCAAGAUUAUCAACGACUAAAUCAUUUUUUAUAAUAAUGCAAAAUCAUUGAGCAUGGACCACUUUUGUCAAAUAUAUAUAUAUAUAUAUAUAUAUGUAUGUAUCUUUUCAGCUUAGUCAGAAAGAAUAGGUUAUGGAGGUGCCCUUGACUGUAACUGAUUGCAGAUACAAUUGGUUUCAAGGUAACAAAUGAGGUAGACUUUGAGAGGAA